AGACGCUGUUUCUGUUCACUGUUAGGUGUCCCAGAUGGCAACGUUGAAGUGUGAGCUUAUUAAGAACAUUACGACAGAGAAAGUCGUUCAGCACAAUAAGAUCUCUAUUGUAGGGACCGGAUCCGUUGGCAUGGCCUGUGCGAUUAGCAUCAUACUCAAAGGACUAAGUGAUGAACUUGCCCUUGUGGAUACUGAUGAAGCAAAACUGAAGGGUGAGGUCAUGGAUCUUCAGCAUGGCAGCUCUUUUGUGAAAAUGCCAAAUAUUGUUUCCAGCAAAGAUUACAAGGUCACUGCAAACUCCAAUCUCGUGAUUAUCACAGCGGGUGCACGCCAGGAAAAGGGAGAAACACGCCUUAAUCUAGUCCAUCGAAAUGUGUCCAUCUUUAAAUUAAUGAUUUCUAAUAUUACUCAGUACAGUCCCCACUGCAAACUGAUUGUUGUUUCCAAUCCAGUGGAUAUAUUGACGUAUGUGACCUGGAAGCUGAGUGCCUUUCCCAAAAACCGUAUCAUUGGAAGUGGCUGUAAUCUGGACACUGCCCGUUUCCGUUUCCUAAUUGGGCAAAGACUUGAUAUCCACCCAGAAAGCUGUCACGGGUGGAUCCUUGGAGAGCAUGGAGACUCAAGCGUUCCUGUGUGGAGUGGGGUGAACAUCGCUGGUGUCGCUUUGAAGAGUCUGAACUCUGAUCUAGGAACCGAAAAAGACCAGGAGCGGUGGAACAAUGUCCAUAAGGAAGUGAUUGCCAGUGCCUAUGAUAUUAUUAAAAGGAAAGGUUAUACUUCUUGGGCCAUUGGCCUGUCUGUAGCUGAUUUAGUGGAAAGCAUUUUGAAGAAUCUUAGGAGAGUGCAUCCAGUUUCCACCAUAAUUAAGGACCUCUAUGGAAUAAAGGAAGAAGUAUUCCUCAGUGUUCCUUGUGUCUUGGGACAGAAUGGCAUCACGGACGUUAUCAGUGUAAACCUGACUCCUGAAGAAGAGGCCCAUUUAAAGAAGAGUGCAGACACACUUUGGGGAAUUCAGAAGGAGCUCAAACUUUAAAGUUGACCAAUCCAAUCCCCUCCAGCUUUUAAAGAAAAAAUAAUUAUUAUAGGAUAAUAUAUGCCAAACUUUUGAAGAAAUCUUAAUUCCUAAAAGUUGGAAAUAGAAAAGGAUAGUGUGACUCCACUGUUAAUUUAACCCUCCCUUUCUCUCAGAUGCUAGACAUUAACGGGCUUGCAUAGAGGCGGUAUUGUUACCCAUGCUGCACCAUCAGCUCCCAUGACUCUAUGUAGCCAGGUGGUCCAAAGGAAUGUAUGACAUCUAUGUUUACUGUGUUAGAGAAAUUGGUUUUUUAUUUUUGCCAAGGACAUGCUAUUUCUUUAGUUCUGGCUACCUUAUUAUACCUAGGUUCAUUUAUAUACUGUUAAAAAGUGGUUAUAACUUAUUCAAUGUAUAAGUGAAAGCUAUGUAUAUAAAAAUAAUUAGUUCUAAUCCUAAUACUAAAUAAAAACCUUGGUUUGACCUUGCUACUUUUUGUUCUGAUUUAAUUUCUGUGAAUAGAUCUUGCCCUUUAUAGGAAGGCCUAAUUGUGAUGAGUGGACCACAGUUGGUCGUUCUUU